UAGGGUUUUGACUCUUUCUCUUGAUCGAAAAUGAUUUCAAUAAAAUCAUAUAAUAAUCCCAAUAAUCAGUUUUAAAGAAGCAGAUCAGUUUUUAGUCCUAUUUGGAUUUGGAUUAGUGAAAUAAUGGAUGAAUGGCACGAUCGAUUCAGUGAAGAAGCAAACAUCGGUGAGCUCCACGAUCGAGAUCGACUCAGUGAAGAAGCAAACACCGGUGAGCUCCACGAUCGAGAUCGACUCAGUGAGUUACCCGACUCUUUAAUUAUUCAAAUCCUUUCAUUGUUGGAUAUCAAAGAUGUUGUUCGGACAUCCCUCGUCUCCAAACGUUGGGAAAACCUCUUGUCCACCAUCCCCUGCCUUGAUCUCUUGGAACAAACUCCAAGUUUUAUCUCUAGUGUUGUUUCACUAUGGAAAGGCCCCCAGAUUCCGAAAUUACGCUUAUCUUUCCCUCCUCACAAUGUGGACCCUUGUAGUAGUGUUAUCGAUUCGUGGCUGCUUUUUGCUAUCGAAAAACGAGUGGGAGAGCUUUAUUUAGACUUGUCAAAUUGGCGAGAUGUUAAUGCUAUCGUAAAACGAGUGGGAGAGCGUUGGCGUUGGGGAGAUCUUAAUAGAUAUAACAAGGUUGAUUAUUGCUUACCUCAGCCCUUGUAUUCAUGCCCGUCGAUUACAAAAUUAACUCUUGUGAGUUGCAAGCUGAGAAUUGAGGAUAACGUGCAGUGGAAUCAACUCAAGAGUUUAGAAAUUACAUAUCCGGAUUUGUUGAGUGGUGAUGCCAUGAACCAAAUUCUUUUGGGUGCUCCUCUGUUGGAAGAGUUGGUUUUGAAGUCUUUCAAAAUUGGUGAAAAAGAAAACUUCAGUAUCCGAUCUACUAGUUUGAAGAUGCUCAAGAUACAAACGGGUUAUAUUUGGCGUGGAACUACAGUGCUGAGAAUUCGGGCCCCUAAUCUCUUGAAUUUAGUUCUUGAGGCUCGUUUUCAUGGUACUUGUUUGUUGGAUGUCCCGUCUUUGACUCAUGCAAUUCUUUCUUUGGUGCACAAUGGAGAUGUAGCAGCACAAUUUAAAUUGCUUAAUCAUGUUUUUCGAAGCAUCCGCCAUGUUGAGAAGGUUACUUUGUCAUAUUGGUGCUUUGAGAUGCUUGUCAAAUUAAAGAAUAAAGAUAAGGUUAUGCCGUUGUCAAAUUCUAAGAUUCUAGAGCUUGACUAUGUCGAUGCCAAAUAUUUGCUUGAUUUGGUAGGGAUGAUGUUUCCCAAGCUGGAGAGGUUAAUCGUUGAACAAGGCAGCCGCAAGGGGUUUAAUUUUUAUCAUGGCACCGAUGAUGAAGAGGUUCACAAUGCUAUGGUUGAUGCAUGCAAUUCAUUGGCGUCUGCUAAGAUGAGUUUUCCCAGUCCCUCUCUUCUCCAUCUAAAGACAUUUGAGGCUACUUGGUCUAUGCGCGACCCUUCAAUAAUUCCGUUGAUACGAACUCUGUUGAAAAACGCUCCCAUACUUGAAAAGAUGGUUAUACGACUAACACGGGAUGCAUCUGAUCUAGAGACAUUCAUUUUGGCACAAGAGAAGGUGAUGAGUAUGCCGAUAUCCUCUCCUACGGCACAACUCAUCAUAAGCUUAAUUUGAUAUAUAAGUCAUCCUUUACUGGAAGUUGUUGACUUAUUAAUGUUAAGCCUUUUUUUUGGCAUUUUAGAUAGUUCUUUUUCUGCCGGGUCUGUUUGGUGCGUGUUCUUUUGGCGUUGUACUAGUUUCUUGCGCUUUUUUUCUUUUCACGAGUACUCUUUUUCCUCAUACAGAGUUUUUCCCAAUGAAUUUUCUCUGAUGAGGUUUUAACGAGGCUCGGCCCUUGUAAGCGUCUCCUUUCACUUUAAGGGUUGAUAGAUUUUUUUCUUUCUUGCUAUUUUUCUUAU